ACUUUGACAACCUCAACUUAGCAACCUCAGCUCAAAAUCGAAAGACAGCCAAGCUCACUCUAGCCCGCGGCUGAAUUCACGAUCAUGCCGAGUUCCUCUGAAAUUGCAAACGAUAAGGCAGUGAUAGAAACAAAAAGCACUGGAGGCCCUAAUGCUGCUCAGCCUGAUGACUCUGAAGCAAAGGGUGUGCUCAGAGAUUGUGAAAUGGGGAAUUGUGCGUGUAAUUAUCACUGACUUGAGCUUCGCUCCUUGUCUACUGACGAGAAUAAAAAGCGACGUCAAACUGCCAGGAUACCCAGAAACGAUGGACAAAAUGGAUGAAACAAAAUCUGAUGCCUGGGACAGGGACGGAAGGCAAACUGAAGCCCACAACCUCCCUGGUAAAGCCUCGUAAGUGCCCACUUACAUGAUGAAAACGAGGAAAUGCUAAGCAUAAGAUAGUGCUGAGAUAUCCUGAUGGACUGCCAUUCUUAGGAGCCUUACAUAGUCUUGAAAAUUUCAUGGUCUAUCGGAAAUUCGGUAUCCUUCAAGCUCAGGUACUGCUGUAUAAACAAAGUGAAUUGAUUAAACUUGAGCGUGAACUACAGCAAUUGGGGGUGAACGUCCCAGGCGAAAUCCCAGAGUAUCAUUAUUCGUUGGCAGGAAACACAGAGGAGGGCAGAAUACGCAAGGAAAAAGUACAUGAAAUUGAAGAAACGUUCAAGGAAUAUGGUCAGCUUGGACUGGGAAACCCAUACCUUCCGAAAUUAAGCUAACUUGAAACUCCUUGAUACAAAUAGCACAAUUACUAUCGGUCGCGAGAGAUCUAGCGUCCUAUGACUCACCGUCUACCUGUAACUAUCUCAACAUGAAAAGCUUUUUCGACGUGAGUGAUAUAUCUAUGGAUGACAAAUAUCUAUACUGCCCUGAAGACCUUGUGACUCUCAAGCCUGGGAGGGACCAUUCAUGGCUCGACACAUGGGUGGAGACAACUCUGCACAAAAUCGCAAACCACGAUUGGAAGUACAUCAGUGUAAGUAAACGAGACAAUUUCUUGAGACUCGAUCUAGCGCUGACCGCCAAGGAACCAACUCGGUACAUAUUUUGCUCCGGAGUACGAUCGUCUUCCUUGUUGAAAGAAAAAACAAGCGCUAAUAAAAUUUCAAAAGAAUGUCAGGGAAAACGCAAAACAUGCUAGAAGAUACGGCGUCAACCUUUUCAGCAGGGAGCGCAUCGAGUUCCUCGUAACGACAAUCAUCAUGGUGGCUAUCGUUAUCCUCAUGGCCAUUCCAAUAUACACCCUGUCGGUCAUAACCGAUAGAACAAUCUCUAUCGUCAUCCUUGGGGCAUUUACAGUCCUAUUCUCAAUCGUGCUGAGGUCCUUCACUCCAGCCAAACGACACGAGAUUUUGGCAUCGGCAGCUGCGUACGUGUCCUCAUUUCGUGUCCCAAAAAUUACUGUAAGGCACUAACUGUAUGCUUUAGAUAUUGCGCUGUUCUCGUCGUCUUCGUCGGAAAUUUGGGGCAGAAAGAUGGGCAUUGAUUAUCUUGACGUUGACACAAAAGAUACUUGGAAAGGAAACCUAGAUGUUGAACUAUCUUGGCAUUUCCCACACUUACGAAUUUCCUUGACGGUCAAAACUAAGGGUUUUGUUUGGCUGGAGUCUAUGAAUUACUUCCCUUAUGUUUAGUCUAGUCCUUUUUGGGAUGUCUCGGAAAUGGAAUUACAUAAGAACCUUGAUAUACAA